AUGCCGGGGGCGGGCAAAGGGACCGCCUUUUGUGACUUCAGUGCACGCAUCAGUGUACGCCGUGCUGCCUGAGAGUUGGUGCUGUGUCCUCAGGGAGUCGGCGUCUGUAACAACACUGACCUCCUCAUCCUCCACCUCCUCCUCCUCCUCCUCCUCCUCCUCCUCCUCCUCCUCCUACUAACUCGCCUUCCGAUCCAGGAAGAGGCGACGUGGAUGUAUCCUCGUUCCCGUUACGGACGCUUGCUGGAAUACGUCCUCGUUUGGGGUCAUGACGAACGUGACGUGCUCGUGACUGAGCCGAUGUCUGAUGCCGACUGGUAUUUCCUGGAAAAGACUGCGAAUCCAACCCUGCAGGCUACCACAAGGUAA